AUGGAGAAACUUUUAGAGGUCAUUAACUGUCCAGCGCACCUAAAAGUAAAGCUGGUUUCCUUCUACCUAUCUGGUCCAACUGAGUUAUGGUGGCGUUCUGUCAAGGCCACUAUGACAGAUACCUUUUGGGAUGAUUUCCUUAUAACUCUUCGUCAACAAUUCUAUCCGCCAUCACUUCAACAGAAAAAGGAGAAUGAGUUCUUACAUCUUCGUCAGGGUCUUAUGACCGUGAUUGAGUACAGUUGUAAGUUCAAUGAGCUGUCUCGAUUUGCUUCUGACAUCGUAAGCAAAGAAAGUGUUCGUGCUUCCCGCUUCUUUGAGGGUCUUAAUCUUAAGAUCCAAAAGGGGAUCGGGAAGGAUCCUAACUUCCGAGAUCUCUACAACCGAGCGCUUGAGAUCACCGAGGUCGUUCAUGCACUGGGAAGAUCAUCUGCUUCAAAUGCAAAAAGGAGGGUCAUGUUUCCACUAACUGCCGAGAAGGGAUCCAGUUGGGAGCUAGUAGUACUGGAUCUACUUGGUUUACCUCCAAGGAGAGAGGUUGACUUUCAUAUUUAUCUAAUUCCUGAUACUACCCCUAUCUCUAAGACUCCGUACCGUUUUGCUCCAGCUGAGUUAGCCGAAUUGAAAAAGCAAUUGGAUGAGUUAUUAGAGAAAGGUUUUAUCCAACCUAGUGUGUCACCCUGGGGAGCCCCUGUUCUGAUAGAUGAUUUGUUUGAUCGGCUAAGAGGUGCUCAGGUGUUCUCGAAGAUUGAUUUAAGGUCUGGAUAUCAUCAAUUGAGGAUAGCCAAGGAGGAUGUUCCUAAAACAGCAUUUCGGACCCGAUAUGGACAUUAUGAGUUUUUGGAAAUUUCUUUUCUAGGUCAUAUGGUGUCUAAAGGUGGAAUUUCUGUAGAUCCUGAGAAGAUUAAAGUAAUAACGGACUGGCCGAUUCCUAGAAAUGUGACUGAACUUUGGAGCUUUUUGGGAUUAGCUGGGUACUAUAGGAAAUACGUUGAAAACUUUUCUAAGUGCCUAGUCUGCCAGAGGGUAAAGUUUGAGAGACAAAAGAGUUUAGGGUUGCUUCAACCCUUGCCUGUCCCAGAUUGGAAGUGGGACUCGAUUUCUAUGGACUUUGUGAUGGUGGAGUUCGCCUACAACAAGAGUUUCCAAUCUAGUAUUAUGAGAAGCUCUUUAUGGAAGGAAGUGCCGAGUACCUUUGUGUUGGGAUUUGAUGGAUAG